AUGGCUAUGGGGUUGUUUUACUAUGGCCUACAAGACGCAACAGCAACAUAUGUCACCAACUUCCUCAAUCUCAUUCCCAUCGUUACCUUUGUCUUCUCCACUGUACUUGGAAUAGAGAAACUGGGACUUCACACAAGGGCAGGCAAAAUAAAAGCUGUAGGAGCAACCUUAUGCCUAGCAGGAGCACUGACCAUUACUCUCUACAAGGGUAAAUCCUUCCAUUUUAGACAUCAUAGUAUUCAGCAUCAUUCAAUUAUCAAGAAAAGUAAGCCCAAUUGGACACGCGGUACCUUGUUUCUGGUCGGUAGCAUCCUCUCGUAUGGCGCAUGGUUCAACUUGCAGUCUAAGUUGUUCAAAGUUUUCCCAUAUAAAUACAUGGCAACAACAGUAACAUGCCUUAUAGCAUCAUUGCAACAAGCGGCAGUAGGGUUAUGCCUCGAUCACUCGAUGGCUGCGUGGAGGUUAAGAUGGAAUCUGCAACUAAUAACCAUAGUUUACUCGGGAGCAUUGGCCACAGCAGUAUCUUUCUGCUUAAUCUCAUGGGAAAUUGCCAAACGAGGCCCAACAUAUCCCUCCAUAUUCAAUCCAUUGUCACUGAUUUUUGUGGCAGUUUUUAAAGCUAUCUUCCUUGGUGAAGGGAUCACAAUUGGAAGUAUACUGGGCAUGGCUCUGAUCAUAGGAGGGUUAUAUUCCUUCUUGUGGGGGAGGAGCAGAGAGUCCACAAGCAAGUCUCUACCGACAAUAGCAGUUGAAUCAGCUGAUGCAGAUAUGACAGUUCCUGAACCGGCCGGGUUGCAGUCAGCUGCCAGAAUGGUUCCCACUGCUUCUAUUAGUAGCAAUGAUCAAGUUGGAGAUUCUGAUAAAAACCAAAGGGAAACACUAAAAUCACAGUAA